UCGCACGCGUACCAAACCGUGCCUUCCACAAGGCUAUCUCGGAUAGAUGUUAAUAAAGCGACUGCUGUUUCUUUGGACGGUGUUUGGGGUUGUCCGGUUUUAGGAUCACUGGACCGGACCCAGUAGAAUCUCAUUUUAAGACGCCACAGGGAGACGAAACGAGACCAGCUUACUUGCAAACAUCUGCGAGACAAUUGCCUUGGAGGCGUGGACAUAUAUUCAUUUUAUUUUUAAUUGGUCUUCGUUUUCAACAAAAAAAACAUCAUAUAUGUCAUCGAGAAGAAUAAUUUCAAUACUCGAGAUCGAAGUUUUCAUGAUAUUUUGUCUUUGUUCCUCGUAUGAAGGGAUAAAACUUUCUCAAGGUGUGGUUAAGGCUCCAUCCCACCCAUUUUGGUAACAGCUGAAACGUUGACACAAUGGCGUCCCUCCGAUGGACCGGAUACGGGGUUCUCGCUACAGUACUCCUGAUCACCAACGUGACGUGCUAUCUUCAGCUCAAGCUCGACAACCUUGAUCAGUUUGUCGAAAAGACGAAGGGAGUUCUAGGACAUAUGGCAUGCUUGGAUAGCAAUGCGGAACUCUGUCCGUUGUGCACGAACUGUGUCCAAUAUGCAUUGGACGAUGUUGUGGAUGAUCCGGAAAUCAUUGAGGAAUGGUUGGAUGUCCUGAAUUUCACUAUGGCAGAGGUAUCACACUAUGCCGCUCUCGCGUCGUGGAACUAUGUCACAAACAUUACUAAAUACAACACAGAGUUUUUGUCUAAUGUGUCCAUGCUGUCGGGAAACUAUGGCUUAGAGAUGAAAGACGAAGCGAGGAAGAUCGUACAGGAUAAUCUUGAUUUCAGAAGCAGAAGAAUGCUCAAAUUUGCUCUUAGGGGCGGAGAACUUCGAGACGGGCAUAAACGGAGACUACUGCAGGUGACAACCAACAAGAUGCAGACGAUAUACAGCGUGGGGAAGGUUUGCCCGCCAGACCAGCCGGCUGGGAGUACCGAGGGAUGCCUCGCCCUGGAGCCAGACGUAGUGAACAUCAUGGCCAAUACGAGGGACUACGAUGAGCUUCUUAGAGUGUGGGUAGGAUGGAGAGAUGCAGUAGGACCUAAGAUCGGUAAACUUUAUCCAACCUACGUCGAAUUGAAGACAGAAGCGGCAAAGAUUGGAGGAUAUGAAAGCCAUACAGAUAUCCUUCUGGAGAAAUAUGAGGACCCAACAUUUGAGCAAGAAGUCGAUGACCUUUGGCAACAGGUCAAACCGAUGUAUCUCCAACUUCACUCUUAUGUAAGGAGAAAAUUAGCUGCCCAGUACGGAGAUGAUAAAGUAGACGUACGCGCCCCCAUCCCAGCUCAUUUGCUUGGUAACAUGUGGGCACAGCAAUGGAACAACAUUUACGAUAUUGUAGAGCCUUUUCCGAACCAGGGUACGAUUGAUGUCACCGACAAGAUGAAGGAAGAAGGCUGGACCAUUACAAAAAUGUUUCAAGUUGCAAACAAUUUUUUCAAGUCUCUUGGUCUGGAGGAGAUGCCACCUACAUUUUGGAGUAAGUCUAUGCUUGAGAAACCUACAGACAGAGAAGUAGUCUGCCAUGGAUCUGCUCACGACUUUUCCGAGUACAACGAUGUCAGGAUUAAAAUGUGCACAGAGGUAAACAUGGAGGAUCUGAACACCGUACAUCAUGAGAUGGGUCACUGUGAAUACUACCUUCAAUACAACAAACAACCUGUUAUCCUAAGAGGAGGUGCUAACCCAGGCUUCCAUGAGGCAGUAGGGGAUACUAUUGCCCUCUCUGUAGUCACCCCGGACUACCUACAUCAGAUAGGCCUACUGGAUUCUAACAAAAUCGACAAAAGCCAAGAAAUCAACUAUUUGAUGGAGGUGGCGCUGAAUAAGAUAGCCUUCUUGCCGUUUGGAUUGCUGAUUGAUAAAUGGAGGUGGCAGGUGUUUCGAGGAGAUAUAACACCUCAACAGUACAACGAAAAAUGGUGGGAACUCAGGGAGGAAUAUCAGGGUCUUUCCCCACCUGUCGAAAGAACCAGCAGUGAUUUUGACCCCGGUGCAAAAUACCAUAUACCUUCAGGAACGCCUUAUAUCAGAUAUUUCGUGAGUUUCUUGGUCCAGUUCCAGUUUCACGAGGCUCUGUGUAAAGCAGCCAAUAAUGAGGGUCCUCUUCAUCUCUGUAAUGUGUAUAACUCCAAGGAAGCAGGAGCAAAACUCAAAUCGAUGUUAGAGAUGGGUAUGAGCCGCCCGUGGCCCGAUGCAAUGGAAACAAUGACCGGUGCUCCGAACAUGGAUACUAGUGCUAUCAAGGAGUAUUUCCGUCCAUUGAUGGAAUGGUUAGAGGAAGAAAAUGACGGUGAAUUGAUCGGAUGGGGAAAGGAACUAAGGAUCUUCCAUCAAUAAAGGAACGAUGAAUAAAACUGCCAUUCAACGUGCCCAUAAA